AUGAUCAGUAUAAAUAGGUUCUGGUGUUGUACUAGUCAGGGUAGGCCUUCACCUGUGGCAUUGCAGGUGACAGAAUUAAAAGAUGCUGGGAAUGCAGCUCUCCAGGCAGGGAAGUUCAAGGAUGCCAUUGAAUUGUACAGCCAGGCCAUAGAAAUGGAUAAGGAGAACCCAGCUUUAUACAGCAACCGUUCAGUGGCACACAUCAAGGCCAAGGAGUUUGAGAAAGCCCUCACUGAUGCAGAAAAGGUUGUGGAAUUGAAGCCUGAUUGGUCAAAGGGGUACUCGAGGGUUGGCAGUGCUCUGUCUUCCAUGAGCAGACAUCAGGAAGCUAAGAUGGCAUUUGAACAAGCCCUGAAACUGGACCCUGACAACAAACAACUGAAACAAGCUGUUGAAGAUGAGGGACGCUUUUUGACAGGUCCUGCUGGCAGUGAACCAGUCAUGAAUCCAUUUGCUGACCCAAACCUUUUCCAAAAAUUGAUUGCUGAACCUAGAACAAGGGAAUUGAUGAAAGACACAGACUUUGUCAAUGCUAUGAAAGACCUACAGCAGAAUCCAGGGGCAUUAGGGAAAUAUCACAAUGACCCUCGUAUCAUGACUGCCCUGGGAGUUCUCUUGGGAAUGGACCUGGAUUUCCAGGGAGAGGAAGAACUCCACAAACAAGAUGUGAAAGACACCGUGAACGAGAUGAGAGAGAAGAGAAAGGAGGCUGAGAAAGAAGCUGCAUUUCAACAGAAAAAUGCAGCAAACGCAAAAUCCAAAGAGACUGUUGAAUUGACUGAUGACCAGAAGAAGGCUCUUGAAGAAAAGGAGAAAGGAAAUGCAGCAUACAAAAAGAAGGACUUUGAAACUGCUAUUAAACAUUAUGAUGAAGCCAUUAGGUUGGACCCUACCAAUAUUACAUUUCUUACAAAUAAAGCAGCUGUAUACUUUGAACAAUCUGACUUAAAGUCGUGUAUAGAAACAUGCGAAAAAGCAAUAGAAGUGGGCAGAGAAAACAGGGCAGAUUUCAAACUUCUUGCAAAGGCAUAUGCGAGAAUGGGUAAUGCGUACAAUAAGCAAGAAGAUCUAGAGAAUGCACUCACCUAUUACAACAAGGCCCUCUCAGAGCACAGAACACCAGAAGUGACAUCGAAAGCAAAGGAGAUCGAGAAGAAACUUAAAGAGCGUGAAAAGUUAGCGUACAUUAAUCCAGAACUAUCUUUGGAGGAGAAGACCAAAGGCAACAAAGCUUUCCAAGAAGGUGACUACCCUACAGCCUUAAAACAUUAUGCGGAAGCCAUCAAGAGGAAUCCAGAAGAUGCUAAGAUCUACAGCAACCGAGCUGCCUGCUACACAAAACUGAUGGAAUUUUCCCUAGCUCUUAGUGACUGUGAACAGUGCAUCAAACUAGACCCAAAAUUUAUUAAAGGUUACCUCAGGAAAGGAGCCUGCCUAUUGGCCAUGAAGGACACACGGAAAGCAGCGGAGGUCUACCAGAAGGCAAUGGAGCUUGAUCACACUUGUCAGGAAGCAAUUGAUGGUUACCGCAGGUGUGUCAUGUGUGAUGACGAUCCCGAGUCUGUUCGUAAGCGAGCAAUGGCAGAUCCAGAGAUCCAGGCCAUUCUAGGGGACCCAGCCAUGCAGCUUAUACUGCAGCAGAUGCAGAAAGACCCCAAAGCACUUCAAGAGCAUUUGAAGAAUCCUGAAGUUGCCAGCAAAAUACAGAAACUACUGGAGUCUGGACUCAUAGCAAUUCGUUAAUCUUGGCUGAAAUCUAGUAAAAACUGAACUCUCAAGGAAAUUUUGUAAAGUGGUAAUUAAUCUGUGGAUCAAAUGGCAAAGCUUUCACAUUAAUAGCUGCUCUAUCAGGAAUAAGUGGCGAAGUAUCAGUACCAGGCUUGAGCUUUAUGUGAUAAUUCAACCUCCAUUUAACAUCAUUUUGUUUGAAAUGCUUACUCCUCUCCUCUCACAAAUACUCGCAGUUUCUCACCAGGGACCUGGAAAUCUUUGUUAUAAUUGGUUUCAAAGGAUUGCUCCCUUCUGAAGGACUUAAAAGUCCUAGAUAGCAUAUAUACAGCGAUGUUCAUUUGCUUUGAUAUGUCGGAAUAUAUUUUUAUUCAGGUGAUGAAUAACAAAAAAUAAUGGUUACUUUCUUUAACUGUGUAAAGAGAUUUUUCUGAGAUGAAUGUCAUUAUAUAACUCAGCUGCCAAUAUUUUCAUAGAUUCAAGGAUUAUCUUUGUUUCCAGUAGGUGUCAAUUACUGUUUUUGUUGUUUCUUUUUUUAGGGUCUAGAAUUUCCCAGUAUACCAUUCUUUGACGAUUUAAAGUUGCACAUGAAAUGUGGAUAUUUAGACAAAACAGUAAAGAUGCUGAAAUUUAAUUCAAAUUUUUAUUACUUCAUUCUUUUUUGUGUGUACAUUCUGUUGCUCUGCUUAAUCCAAUGGUUGCUUGUUGUUUAAUGCUGCUUGUAUAUAGCCACUACCCACUGGCUUUACAUUUAAUUACUAGAACUGAACAAUUGAAGUUAAAAUAAAUUGGGGUAGGAUUGGCAUAAAUAUUUGAACACUUGUUAUCGUAUUGUUUCAUGUCUGUCAUUAAUGAAUAAAUUCAUAUCUAAACAGUCUUGUUUU